CACGCGUUCUUCGCCUCGAACUGGCGACUAUACGGGGUUAUCAGGUCCUGCCGGGUAUGGCUACUGUCUAUGAGGUUAUUUGAUUGUCAAGAUGGCUGGCACCAUCCUGUGUGUGGCCGAAAAGCCCGCCAUUGCCAAGGCUGUGGCCUUGCAUUUGUCUGGAGGUGCUAUGCAAACAAGAAACGUUCCAGGCAGCCAGUAUGUGAAGAACUAUAUAUUUAAUUUCAACUUUGGAGGCUCUUGGGGCUCGUGCUCCGUGACGAUGACCAGUGUUAUCGGCCAUCUGAUGGAGCUGGAGUUUGAGAGAAAUUACAAGACAUGGCUGGCGUGUCCUCCGGGAAGUCUCUUCGAGGCCCCUAUUCGCGAAUCAGUGUACCAGGAUAAAGUGGCAAUUGCGGAGAAUAUCAUGAAGCAGGCGAGAUAUGCACAAGCUCUGUUCAUCUGGACCGACUGUGAUCGGGAAGGAGAGCAUAUUGGCACGGAAGUCCGGCGGCAGGCAAAGCUGGGAAAUUCAAGGAUCCAGGUGAAACGUGCCAUGUUCAGCAACACGGAGAAGGCUCAUGUUAUACAAGCAGCUCGCAGACCUAUUGAUGUGGAUGAGCGCCAGGCAAACGCUGUGGCGGCGAGGAUGGAGCUAGAUCUCCGAAUUGGUGCUGCCUUCACACGUUUAGUGACACUGCAACUUCGACCAAUGACUCCCGUGCUAGAGAAUAAAAUCCUCAGCUACGGGUCCUGUCAGUUUCCUACGCUCGGCUUUGUUGUCGAUCGGUAUCUUCGAGUGAAAAAAUUCAAGCCCGAAAACUUCUGGGCUAUCAAGGUCAUGCACGUCCGCGAUGAUAUCAAGGUCAACUUCAAUUGGCGUCGUGUCCAUCUCUUUGACAGAGCGGCAGUUACGGUGAUGCUGGAGCGAUGUUUGAAUGCUAAGACGGCUAAAGUUACCAAGGUUAACACGAAGCCAACAAGCAAAUGGAGGCCUCUUCCAUUGACAACAGUGGACCUCCAAAUGAUGGGAAGUAAAUACUUGCGCAUGAACAGUCAGAGCAUUAUGAAGGUGGCAGAGGCUCUUUACACCAAGGGCUUUAUCAGCUAUCCGAGAACGGAGACCGACCAAUUCGACAAGGCGAUCGAUCUGAAAAAGCUAAUUGAGAAGCAAUUGCCGGAUCGAGAUUGGGGUGGAUAUGCACGGGAACUACUGGAUGGCAGAUUUAGGACCCCACGGUCUGGCCGACAUAACGAUAAAGCACAUCCUCCAAUUCAUCCCGUUGCCUGGGUCGAUCCUAGCCGCCUCGAUGCGCAGGAACGGAGCGUUUAUCAGUUCGUUGUCCGUCGAUUUCUCGCCUGCUGCUCCGAAGACGCGAAAGGUGAGACCUCCGAAGUUGAAAUUCUGUAUGGCGAUGAGACUUUCCACGCAAAAGGACUCAUCGUUCUGGAAAAGAACUAUCUGGAGGUCUACGUUUACGAUAAGUGGGAGAGCAGCCAACAACUCCCGAACUUCCAACUCGGUGAGCAAUUCGAACCCACAGAGGCCAAGAUUGUCGAGGGCAAGACUACUCCGCCUAACUAUCUCACUGAACCGGAACUUAUUGCCUUGAUGGAUGCGAAUGGCAUUGGCACAGACGCAACUAUGGCUGAGCAUAUCGCUAAGAUCAAAGAGCGUGAAUUCGUUGCGGUCCGCUCCCGUAGGAACGGGCGUAGUUCUGUACAGGAAUUUAUCCCCACACGUCUAGGCAUUGCGCUUGUGGAGGGUUAUGAUAGCGUAUUCGCGGAUAUGCCUGAUGGCCCAUCUCUGAGCAAACCGUUCCUACGGAAAGAGAUGGAGUUACAGAUGCGCGAUAUCUGCGCGGGCACUAGAACUAGGCAGCAGGUUGUCGACGAGGGUUUGGAUAUGUACCGCGGGCUAUUUAUCCGUACACAGCGACGGAUUCAGAUGUUGAAGGAUGCAUGCAAGAAAUAUAUCAUUGAUGGAGCUACAUGCUAGAAGAGAAAGAAAAGAGGGGAGGGAAGGACCAGGCUUUGAUUAUUCGGCGUUCGUGAUGGGCUGGCUGUAUCGAGACUGGAGUUUGGCCUGGUUAUGGAAAAGUUAUGGAAGUUAUACCCUUUACCUAUCUGAUUUUGGGGGGAAGGGGCGGUGCAAGUCGCGGACCAUUUGACUGGAAGAACGGAAGUGAAUACUAGUAUUUGAGCAGAAGCAGCCCUUCUUACUUAAUGGUCCUGAAUCGUCAGAUGCUCCAUACAAGAAUAACAUUACUGAAUCCUAGACAACUAUAUCAGAGA